ACUCAAGAAUGAACAAUCCGUCAGAAACCAGUAAACCAUCAAUGGAGAGUGGGGAUGGGAACACAGGCACGCAAACAAAUGGCCUGGACUUUCAGAAGCAGCCUGUGCCUGUUGGAGGGGCAAUCUCGACAGCCCAGGCCCAGGCCUUCCUUGGACACCUUCAUCAGGUCCAGCUCGCUGGAACAAGUUUACAGGCUGCUGCUCAGUCCUUAAAUGUACAGUCUAAAUCUAAUGAAGAAUCUGGGGACUCCCAGCAGCCAAGCCAGCCUUCCCAGCAGCCUUCAGUGCAGGCGGCCAUACCCCAGACCCAGCUCAUGCUGGCCGGAGGACAGAUCACCGGGCUCACCUUGACGCCAGCCCAGCAGCAGUUAUUACUACAACAGGCGCAGGCACAGUUGCUGGCGGCUGCAGUGCAGCAUUCAGCCAGUCAGCAGCACAGCGCUGCAGGCGCCACCAUCUCGGCCUCUGCUGCGACGCCGAUGACACAGAUCCCUCUAUCUCAGCCAUUACAGAUUACACAGGAUUUGCAGCACCUGCAGCAGCUCCAACAGCAGAAUCUCAACCUGCAACAGUUUGUGUUGGUGCAUCCAACAACCAACUUGCAGCCAGCACAGUUCAUCAUCUCACAAACACCGCAGGGGCAGCAGGGUCUCCUGCAAGCGCAGAAUCUCUUAACGCAACUACCUCAGCAAAGCCAAGCCAACCUCCUGCAGUCUCAGCCAAGCAUCACCCUUGCCUCGCAGCCAGCAACCCCAACACGCACAAUAGCAGCGACCCCCAUUCAGCCACUUCCACAGAGCCAGUCAACACCAAAGCGAAUUGACACUCCCAGCUUGGAGGAGCCCAGUGACCUUGAGGAGCUUGAGCAGUUUGCCAAGACUUUCAAACAAAGACGGAUCAAACUUGGAUUCACUCAGGGUGAUGUUGGGCUCGCUAUGGGCAAACUCUAUGGAAAUGACUUCAGCCAAACUACCAUCUCUCGCUUUGAAGCCUUGAACCUCAGCUUUAAGAACAUGUGCAAGUUAAAGCCACUUCUGGAAAAGUGGCUUAAUGAUGCAGAAAACCUCUCAUCUGAUUCAGCUCUCUCCACCCCAAGUGCCCUGAAUUCCCCAGGGCUGGGAAUCGAGGGCUUGAACCGUAGGAGGAAGAAACGCACCAGCAUAGAGACCAACAUACGUGUGGCCUUAGAGAAGAGUUUCCUGGAGAACCAAAAGCCUACCUCGGAGGAGAUCACCAUGAUAGCUGACCAGCUAAAUAUGGAGAAGGAGGUGAUCCGCGUUUGGUUCUGUAACCGACGCCAGAAGGAGAAAAGGAUCAACCCACCCAGUAGUGGUGGAACCAGCAGCUCGCCCAUCAAAGCAAUUUUCCCUUGCCCAACCUCACUGGUGGCAACCACGCCAAGCCUUGUGACAAGCAGUGCAGCUACUACCCUGACUGUCAACCCUGUGCUCCCUCUGACCAGCGCUGCUGUAACUAGUCUGUCAGUCGCAGGCACAACAGAAACCACCUCCAACAACACGGCAACCGUAAUUUCUACAGCACCUCCGGCUUCCUCGGCUGUGACAUCACCCUCUCUGAGUCCUUCCCCUUCUGCCUCAGCCUCCACUUCAGAGGCAUCUAGUGCCAGUGAGACCAGCACAACACAGACAACCUCUGCUCCCUUGUCCUCCCCUCUUGGGACCAGCCAGGUGAUGGUGACAGCAUCAGGGUUGCAAACAGCGGCAGCAGCUGCAUUACAAGGAGCUGCGCAGUUGCCCGCAAAUGCGAGUCUCGCUGCCAUGGCUGCUGCAGCAGGACUAAAUCCAGGCUUGAUGGCACCCUCACAGUUUGCAGCUGGAGGUGCCUUACUCAGUCUCAAUCCAGGGACAUUAGGCGGUGCUCUCAGCCCAGCUCUGAUGAGCAACAGCACACUGGCAACUAUUCAAGCUCUUGCAUCUGGUGGCUCUCUUCCAAUAACAUCACUGGAUGCAACUGGGAACUUGGUAUUUGCCAAUGCUGGAGGUACUCCUAACAUCGUAACUGCCCCUCUGUUCCUGAACCCUCAGAAUCUUUCUCUGCUCACCAGCAACCCUGUUAGCUUGGUCUCUGCAGCUGCAGCCUCCGCAGGGGCCUCUGGACCAGUUGCCAGCCUUCAUGCCACCUCCACCUCAGCCGAGUCCAUCCAGAACUCUCUUUUCACAGUGGCCUCCGCCAGCGGGGCCACUUCCACCACCACUACUGCCUCCAAGGCACAGUGAGCCGGGCUGAGCUGUGCUGCUACCAGCCUGUUUCACUCUGCAGUGGGAUUGGCUACCAGCUGGGUUUAUGAACUGAAAAAUGUGAUUGGCUUCCUCUCGCUAUGUUGCUGGGGACAAGGGAGAGAAGGAAAAUUAUCAAAACAAAAGCAAAACAGGAAGGAUAUAAAGCUGGGACAGACAUUUGCCUAAUUUUAUAAUAAACACUGUCUUUUCAGGAUCGCUUCAUGGAUCGGAGAACUUUCUAACCAAAAAUGUAAAAAAAACAAAAAACAAAACAAAAACAAAAAAACAAAAAAACAAAAAACAAAAAAAACCACAAAAAAAGUGAAAGGACUACUUAUCAUUUCCAGCAGUCACAAUGACAAGUUAAGGUGGGUUAUCAACUCAAACAUAGAAAGGGGAUUUCUCAUUUCUUUUUGGUCUAAAUAAAUAAAUAUCUUUUCUUUUUUUUUUUCUUUUUUUUUUAAUUAUCAUUUUAUAGGUCUGUUGUACAGGCCAUUAUGUCAUACAAGGUGUUUAUAAUCGUAUCAAUCAUGUCGGGGGUUCCUUUCUUAACUGGUACAAUUUAGGCAGGCCUGUAUUACUGGUGUAUCUCUAUUAUUAUGAUGAUGAUGAUUAUUAUUAUUAUUAUUUUUAUAUAUAUAGUUUGGACGCGUUUGUCUUUGCUCCUGGAUCAUUUUCGGUGAGCUCCUAUGCCACGGCGGGAGGGUGGAGAGGAGAGACAAAGAGACUUUCUGUCCUAAUCUCCUAAGGAUAUUUUGUAUGACUUCCUCAUCCUUGAACUUGAUUUAUAUAGUGACUUUUACAGAGGGAUUGGACACGUUUGUUUUUAUCACCUAAGCAGAAAGCUCAGUGUAGAGGCAGAGAGUGAUGUGUGCAAAUCUCCAAGCUAAUCUGCUCUUUACUUCUGUAUUUCAGUUCUAUUUCACUCAGUUGCUUGGGCAGAGUGGAUAGAUUUUGAUCUGACUUGUCUGGGCACAGCACCUUUUGUUUUCACAGGGUAAGAUUUGGCCCUCCGCGUCCAGAUUAUUUCUAGUACGCAGUGGCGGUUCUCCUGUUUUAUUGUUUCCAGUUUGCCCUUUUAAAAAGCAAAAGUAUUCUAAAAAUAAAAAGUUGCCCGUGGAUGCCAAUAUUGGUAAUAGAGAGAGGCAUCCACAGUCCAAAUUACCCACCGGCUGGACUUGGUACAAGACUUUGAAAGGUCAGAUUGGCUUAUUUCAUCAUAGCAAUAUUACUUUUCAGGUGUUUCUAAUGUUUGGGGACUUUUCCAUUGGGAAGUGCUUCUGUCUACAAGAAUAAAAAUUGAGGCUACUGGAACAAAGGCUGCCAUCUUUUAUGCCAGUACAUUUGUGAGAGAGCAGUCUUGUGUUCCUUGCUACCCUCCCCUUUUCUGUUUUAAAUAGCUUAUAGAUCGCUUUCUCUACCACCUGAUUUGGUGCCUUGGAAAAAGGAAAAUGUAAGCAGUUGGGUGGAAAGGCCAUCCUGUUACAGUGGAUGGUACUGAUCUGCCUAGUUAAUGUUGGGGCUUUGCACACAUCUUGAUAUUCUCAUGUGGUCUCUGAGCAGUGAUGCUGCUGGCUAGAUCAGAAUGGCAAUAAGUAUCUCUGACUAGAGUCAGGGUUGGCCUGCCACUGUAGCUACCUUCCAGGGUUGUUUCCAGUCCAUGUAGCAAGGAGCAUGUUAGGAAUGGAGAGUUGAAGAGAAUGGAUGAGGAAGAGCAGUUGAUUAUACAGAAGUCGACUCUGUAUAUUCUUUGGUAUAUCAGUCUAGUACCUGAACUAAAAAGACUUCUAAAAAGAGAAGGCUGGAUCACUGCAAUGCGGUUCACUUUGAACUUUCCAUUCCUGUUGGAUUUAAAGGUUUCUGCCACAUCAAACAAAAUUGUCCUUAGCUAGAGAAGGUGUUCCAGCAGCCCCUGCCCCUCUUUUGGUCGCCACCGGAUUCCAAGAUGGUGGGUUCAGUUAGUUAUGUUGGUCUUGUUGGUGGUCCUGGAGCAUCUUGGAAUCUCUUAUAAAUUGAAGUCAAACAUGCAACAUCUUAAAACUUGAGCGCACUUUUGUGACCCAAGUGCGUGGGAUUUACAUUUGCACUUAAAUGGCAGAAAUCUUUAUUUCUUCUUCCCCUCCCUCAUGGUCUUGGUCUGCUCACCUCUGACUCUCCACCUUCCCAAUUCACUGACUAUUUAAAACAAUUAUCCCUAAUACUUCAAAACUAGUGAACUGCAAGCAGGGAAACUAACAAAUGUCCGUCCACCGUUUUUAAUGUUUUUGAUUAUUUUUUUUUUUGUUUUAUUUUUUUAAAAACUAAGCUUGAACCAAAGUCAAUUUCUAGCAAGCUGCUGUACUAAUGGACUAGUUUGUAUAAGUGCAGUUCAAACGCAGAGAGGCGAUAGAUGCUACUGACAAUUUCUUUUUCAUUUGUCUUUUUUUAUUAUUAAUUUUAUAUAAAAAUUGCUGCUUGUUUUAACGUUUUUUGGUUGGUCGGUUGGUAAUUUGUAUUAUCCUUGGGGCAGACUCUUAACUUGAUUUUUUU